AUGUCAUUUGUGUCAUUGCUGUGUACUUAACGUUCGUGAACUCUGUUAGCAUUAGCAACAAUUCGCUCUUGAACAAGGACUGUGUAGCUUUUAGCUAAUUUAAACAAAAGACAGACACACAUGAACAAAUGUAUGUUUUUAUGAUUUGAACCCGAAGCUAAGACGUUAUUUCCGGUUGCCUUUCCGUUCGUUUUUGCCCGUUAACGUACUAGUAGCUAACGUGGCUAAUGCUAACCAGCUAGCAGCUAUCCUGUCAAGACAGCAGCGCGGAGUUGGUCCAUGUGUUUAAAGUUACAAUUAAUUGCACGUUUCUUGUGUAAUAAUGCUACCAAGCCAAACACUACUUAACAUUUCUUAUAAAAGUGUUUCCUAGUUGAGUUUAGUUGAAUAUGAACAGGAGCAUGAGGGCUUGUUUAGGUAUUAAAGCGCAGCAGCUGAUCAGCAGAGUCUUCAGUCAUCCUGUCACUCCUCCAGUGCGAUGGCGAGCAGCUCAGGCCAGACUCUUCUGCAGCCCUCCAGCAGGUGAAGAAAAGCCCCUCCCCUCCAUAUUGCGACACCUGACCUUCAAAAUAAAAGCCACAGGUCCCAUUACGGUGGCGGAGUACAUGAGAGAGGUGCUCACCAACCCAGUGACGGGAUAUUACGUGAGGAACAACAUGCUGGGACCUGAUGGAGAUUUCAUCACAUCCCCAGAAAUCAGCCAGAUUUUUGGAGAACUGCUCGGCGUGUGGAUCCUCAGCGAGUGGAUGGGAGCAGGUCGACCCAAACAUCUGCAGCUGGUCGAGCUCGGACCUGGAAAAGGAUCGUUGGCCAGCGACGUCCUCAGAGUGUUCAGUCAGCUGCAGUCGGUGCUGGGUGAAGCCUCCGUGUCCCUGCACCUGGUGGAGGUGAGUCCGGCUCUGAGUCGACUUCAGGCCCAGAAUCUGACGGGGAGCCGCAGCCAGGAGGCGGACGCGGAGGACGAGCUUGUGUACCGCCGCGGGGAAACUGCUGCCGGGAUGCCUGUGUCCUGGUACCGCCGCUUAGAGGACGUCCCCAAAGGAUUCAGCAUCUUUCUCGCUCACGAGUUCUUCGACGCUCUGCCGAUCCACAAGUUUCAGAGGACGCAGAAAGGCUGGAGGGAGGUGCUGGUGGACAUCGACCCAGAGAAGACGAACCAGCUGAGGUUCGUCGUGGCGCCGGCCCCCACUCUGGCCUCGUCCAUGCUCGUACAGGCAAAUGAGAGGCGGGGUCACGUGGAGGUGUGUGCAGAGGGCGGCGUCCUGGUCCAGCAGCUGGCCCGGAGGAUCGAGAGCGACGGCGGCGCGGCGCUGAUCGCAGACUACGGCCACGACGGGACAAAGACGGACACGUUCAGAGGUUUUAAGAGUCACCAGCUCCACGACGUCCUGUCCUCCCCCGGCUCGGCCGACCUCACCGCCGACGUGGAUUUCAACUACCUGCGGGGGAUGGCGGGAGGGGGCGUGGCCUGUCUGGGACCGCUCACUCAGAGGAUGUUCCUGAAAAACAUGGGCAUCGACUCCCGAAUGCAGGUUCUGCUGAGGAACUGCAGCGACCCGUCCACCAGGAAGCAGCUGAUCGGCAGCUACAACAUGCUGACCGACCCCGGCGAGAUGGGCGAGCGCUUCCUCUUCUUCGGCCUGCUGCACCACAGCCGGCUGGCCAAACCCGCGGGAUCGGAGGGGAAGAAGCUGGAGAAGAAGAAGAGCCCGGCGGCGCCGCUGCCCGUGGCCGGGUUCACCGAGCUCAGCUUCUCCUGAGACUCUCAACUUUUCUGGAGAAAUUUGAGCUCGGACAGACGUCACGGGACGACACUGUUUGUACAGGUGACAUAAAGAACACGCAGAGUUUACACUGAAGGAUUGUGGGUCCCGCCGGGGGAAGGGAGUAAUAAUGAGCUGGUUUCUAAAAUGGACCAUUUAUUAAUAUUGAUCCGACCGUGUGAAGCGACGUCCUGAGAAAAUAACAGUUCAUGUUUUCAUUUGAACUCAGAGAGAAUCUUCGUUUGUUCUCGCAAAUGUUCCACUUUAUUAUCAGUAAUUAUUAUUAUUAUUAUUAUUAUUAUUAUUUCUACAAAGGUCCAAACACGGCGUCACAGAAACGUGUUCUGUUCCACAUGUAAGUCCAACAUGAAGCGAGCUUUAUGGACUUUUCUUCUGUUGGUUAAUUGUAAAAACAUUUUGAUGUGAAGAUGAAAGAAAAUAAAGAGUUUGUGCAUCUUUUACUUUUGAACUGAAGAUUUACACGGUUAAAUAAAAAUAAAUGUUUUAUUCUACA